AUUUCUUUGUUUUUUCAUUAGUGUAUUUGUUGUAUCACAUUUAUCAACAAUUUUAACAUAAAAAUUGUUUAUGGUGGUUUUUCCUCGGUUACCCGUCUCCCCGAAAUUAUCAAACCCUAAUCAUCCCUCACCACCCAAAAGCUUCUUCACUCCCUUUCUCCCAAAACCUCCCUAAAACCCCUCUUUCUCUCUCUCUCUCUCCCACCCAAAAGCUUCCAACUUUCUUCUCAAAUCAACAACCAUGGCAAAACCCAAGCCCCAACGCCGUCAAUUGGGCAAGCAAAGGCGCCAACAAGAAGCAGAAGAAAUCGAAUUCCUCCAAAAAUGGCUUGAAUUCGGAAAACCCGACUCGGGUUCGAACCCGUUAUCGCUUCCUCCAUUGCCCCGCGAUUCUCCGGUGGGUAAAUUAAACGAUGAUACCUUCUCAAGGUAUUGUGGGUGUGAAUUGUUCAAGCAAAUGCCAUUAUCGAAGAAAACUAAAGACGGGUUGCGAGCUUCCAACUUUACUCAGAUGACUGAUGUUCAGAGAGCUUCUUUGCCUCAUUCUCUUUCGGGUCGUGAUCUUCUUGGUGCUGCUCAAACUGGGUCUGGAAAAACUUUGGCUUUUGUUAUUCCUGUUAUAGAGAAGCUAUACAAGGAAAGAUGGGGUCCAGAGGAUGGUGUGGGCUGCAUCAUCAUCUCUCCUACUAGGGAAUUAGCUAGUCAAAUCUUUGGUGUUUUGAAGGCAGUUGGAAAGCACCAUGGCUUCAGUGCUGGCCUGCUAAUUGGUGGUCGCAAAGGUGUUGAUGAAGAAAAGGAACGUGUGAAUGAAUUGAAUAUUUUGAUCUGUACUCCUGGAAGGCUGCUUCAACACAUGGAUGAAACACCAAAUUUUGAAUGCUCUCAGCUUCAGAUUUUAGUUCUCGACGAGGCAGACCGAAUUCUUGAUAUAGGGUUCAAAAAAGAAGUGAAUGCAAUCGUAUCACAGCUUCCAAAGAAAAGACAAACCUUGCUCUUUUCUGCAACACAAACAAAAUCAGUUCAGGACCUCGCAAGGCUCAGUUUGAGAGACCCUGAAUAUCUUAAUGUUCAUGCGGAAGCCACUACUGCUACUCCCAAGCACUUGCUGCAGACUGCUACUGUUGUCCCUCUACAUCAGAAGUUAGACCUUUUGUGGAGUUUUAUAAAAUCUCACUUGAAUUCGAGGAUUUUAGUGUUCCUUACCAGUUGCAAGCAGGUGAAAUUUGUUUUUGAGGCCUUCAAGAAACUGCGCCCCGGUAUUCCAUUGAAGUGUUUACACGGAAAGAUGAAUCAGGAGAGAAGGUUGGGAACAUAUUCCCAGUUUAGUGAAAAACGUAUUGUUUUAUUCUCAACUGAUGUCAGUUCAAGAGGUCUUGAUUUUGAUAAGUCAGUUGACUGGGUUGUUCAGAUGGAUUGUCCAUCAGAUGUUGCAACUUACAUACACAGAGUCGGUCGCACUGCUCGAUACACUACUGGCGGGAAAGCUGUUUUAUUUGUGGAGCCAUCAGAAGUAAAAAUGCUUGAAAAAUUAAAAGAGGCAAAAAUUCCAAUAAUAGCAAAAACGAUAAACAAAGAGAAAUUGCAGCCUGUUUCUCCUCUGCUAGCGUCUUUAUUAGUGAAGUAUCCUGAUAUGCAGCAAUUGGCUCGAAGAGCAUUCAUCACAUAUCUCAAGGCUGUUUGUAAAGAAAAGGAUAAAGAAGUUUUUGAUGUGAUGAAACUUGGGAUUGAUGAUUUCUCAGCAUCAAUAGGUUUACCAUUGACACCAAAAAUCCGUUUCCUAAACCAAAAAAUCACGGGCAAAAAUUCUUCAAAAUUAAGUCAAACUGUGGAAAUAGACAAGUCCGCUGCAGAAAAUUUGUUGGAAAAUGCCAAGGCAGAGAGUAGUGAAUCUGAUGAAGAUGAAUCAGAUAAUGAUCUUUUAGGGAACGAUGUUCCAUCUGAAGUGAAGCCAGCAAUAACUGAAAUUGAAUCUGUUGUGCCGGCUACCAGGGUUUUGAAGAAAAAAAAGCUGAAAAUUAAUGUCCACAGACCUGUUGGCACAAGGGUUGUCUUUGAUGAAGAGGGAAACACUCUUCCACCCCUUGCAACUUUAGCAGAUAGGACAAAUGAGUCAUCUGCAAUUGAUGUCGAUAAAGUGCAAGAAAGGUAUCAGAAAAUGAGGGAAGUGUUAAAGCAAGAGGAUAAAGUGGACAAGGUCCACGCUCGUCAGCUUCGCAAAGAGAAAAGAUUGAAGCAGAAGAUGAAGUUGAAGAGGGACAGGGCGGAAGAUGAAGAAGAAGAAGGCUCUGAGUCAGAAGAGGAAGCCACUGUAGGCCGACCCAACAAAAAGUCUAAAUUAUAUUUUGACAGUGACAGUGACAUGGACACAGAAGAAAAGAAAAUGGUGGAUAUCAACACUAAUAAAAUAUCUUUGGCAGAGCAAGAGGAUCUGGCUCUCAAGUUGCUUGGUUCAAUGAACUCUUAAAUUUAUACACGUAUGUCACACAUUCGUUUCAUUCAUCUAAGGAUGUCUGCGGAGGCUUCAUUCAUCUCAUAUAUUCCUCAACUGCUCACCUUACUUCUUGACAUCCUAGGUCAAACAGAUAUGAAAGCUUUGAUAGUCGAGUAUUACUUUUUUUGAAGUUGAAGAAAUUCCAAUAGUUUUGAAGAGUUCCGGGUUUGAUUAGUCCUUCUAUGAGAUUUUUGGUAGAUUGUAGUGUACAUGCAAUUUUGCUCGCCUUUGUAACAGUUAUAUUGUAUCUUACUCCUUACUAUGUUGACACCAUUGAGGAUGUUUGAAAUUGAAUUUUACUAUUUUCUUUACAUUAAUGAAUGAGUAGCUCCAAUGUUCAAGAACUA